CUAGGAGACUGGCAAUGCGUUCUCGACUGUCGACGGUUGAUACUCGAUUUAAUCUCAAACGUUCACUCAGACUGAAGGUCUCAAACUGGGGCAGACUACUUUGGCAUUUGUUCAUCUCGUUUCUGUCGAAAUGCUGAUAGUGUUAUUCGAUAUAUCCACGGCUGGAGCUACAUGCUAACGAGUCAAUACUGAAAUUGACAUUAUUCAAGGGUUGAAGACAUCUGGCUAUUUCCAGUCGCUUGACAGACACUCGAAAUGCGGUUAUCGACUAUAGUCGCUUGCGUCCUGGUGACCUGUGGGCCGAUGUUGGCUGCGGGACAGAAGAAAAUGAUAUUCGUCAUCCCACGCACAGUCCGACGUGCCCAGACCACCCCCUGGCGUCAAUUCCCACGUCCCCCAUUCCCAAAAUUCCUGAGCAAUGAAAUGCCCCAAUCGCGUGGUCAUUCCUUUCCCCACCCGAAAUUUCCUCCAAAUACAAAAUCCAUUUUCCUCAAUCAAAACCACCCCCCCACGGACAACUUUGACCAGAGUCCCGUCAAGGUGAAUCACGUAGUGAUUCCCCAAGGUAAGGGAAUCACUCAUGCAUUCGGUAAUGGGUACAUACCUCACGAACCUAUCAACGAUCCCCCCGGUUCACCAGAUUCCAGUGGCUCCCCUGAGCAAAUUGAGCACAAUCCCUUGAAUUAUUAUUCUCACCCACAAGUGACUCAGCAGACAGACAACUAUCUCCAUCACGAUGAGGAGGGCCAUCAGCAUGACAAUCAGGAGCGCCGAACAGAUAAUCAGAGAGGCAAAUAUUUUUUCCAAAAAAAUAUUGCCAAGCCAUUCAACAAAGUUGUGUAUGGAAUUCCCAAGAAGCCAUAUUUCUCUCCUGAAAGUUUCCAGAACAAAGAUAAAUCAAUUCUGACAGCUGGGGGAGCCGCCGGGGGAAGCAAAGAACCGAUUGUUCUGCGAGAUGGUAUUGAUCUCAGUCAUUACCAUAAGAAACUGGCUGAGCUAGCCAGUACUUGGCCUGGAGGCUUGCAUGGCUCACCUGCAGCUGCAUUAUCGACUGCUGUGGCUCAUGGUACCAUUCCUGCUGGUGGAGGGGCGUCACAGCAGCUCUCAGGUCAUUUUCAGCCCAACGCCUUUGGAAUCAGCUUUUUGUCCUCAAACUCAGGGAUCGAACAGCCAGGAUACGCCGUCCAGGAGGACGUUCAAGAGGACACCAAUCAUGACUUCAGAACUCAACCCAUUCAGACUGCUCCUGCAGCCCAUCCUUCUGCACUUCAGGCCGCUGUGCCUCAACUUCAGUUCACAAUUUCACCGGAUCCCUUCAUGCCGUCCCUCCAGUUUCCGGCACCACAGGGGUAUCAGGGAGUCCCGGAACAUCUACAAGGGUAGAAGAUAUUUUUUUCAUUUCACGUACUAAAUGAUUUUACGGAGACAUCUGAAGGUAUUAAUAGACUGUUAAGAUAUUUUUUUUAUUGAUACACUGCAUGGAAAGAAGUUUUGGGUGAAAAUUAGACCUCCAGGGGGAGAAACGAGGGAGGAAGGUUGGUUUUAUUUAAAAAAUUAGCCUCCCACGUCUAAUUUUUCCGAUAAAACUUGACCUAAAAAGUGAUUGAUUGUCAUUUCGUCCCACUUUUCACCCUCCAGAGUCCGAAUGUUUAUCCAAAAUUUCUUUUAGUGUGAGAGGAAAUUUCUGUCACCUGUUGACGAUUUUCCACUAUCAAAUAUUUAUUUAAAAAUAUCUAAAACUGUAAUCUCCACUAGCGAUUAGCCAAAACAUCAAUUUUGACGGAUUUAUCUGUGAAAUUUUUCCGUACGUGUUUAUCCUGUUACCAAAGUUUUCUGUACAAUUCUGACUCCCCUGUUCACUCGCCAUUCACCCCUAAACUUUGUUGAUCAUUUUAUUAGUUAAAAGUGAAUCGUUAGAGACUUUGCUCAUGUUAGAUUAGAAACCAUGUGAUAACUCGUAGAUGUAGUCCCGACAAGUUUUCCAGUAGCUCUCGUAUUUUCCUGCAUUUAAUUAACACGAAUUUAUAUGAAACGAAUGUACUAAUGAUUGUUAUCAAUGUAUCCUAUGUUAAUGUGUUUCUACAAACCGAGAAAAAUGAUUUUUUAUCGACUCGUAUGACGGUCAGGGCUAGCUCUCAUGCCUCGCACAUCAGUUAUUAUCGAAUAAUUGCUGGUGUUCAUGUGUGCCUUCAUCGUGUGUAUCUCCGGUGCACACUGGUGCUCUCGGAAUAUCAUAGCACUUUCACUGGUGGUGCCGAUGACCAGUUGAGCGUUUGAAAGUCUAGAAAGUUUGCUGCAACAAGAUGAUCCCACAUUGGCAACAUCUCCGUAUCCAUGCGAAAUAUUUAUAAUGCAUUUAUUCAUGUAUUUAUCGAGAGAAACAUGUUUAUCAUUAGCGUUAAUGAUUUUUUAAUUUAUAUGAUAUUUAAUGACCGAUUUAUAUUCUGUGAAUUGGAAAAAAUGUAACGGAAAUGAAAUCACUAGAUUAUUAAUCGUAGAGAUUAAAUAGUUUAGAAAUCGGAGAAUGUAAUCUGAAUGUGGAAAAUGAUAAAUAUACUGAUAUUGAUACUAAAUAA